AUGGCAAGCCUCAAGCGGUCUUUCGACCGGGGCCCCUUUGCUGCCAAUAUCUCGAGCAAAGUCUACGUACGGUCAACCAAGAGCGGCAAGGUCCAGAAGAUUGUGCGCGAGGUGUAUCUGCGCCAAGAUAUACCGUGCUCGUCAAGGCUUUGCCAUGUCUGCCUCAAUACAGUGCCAAAGGAUGCCGCUGGCCAAGCCAUUCCUUUUGUGCUCUCCGAUGCUCCAGCCGGCACAAGUGUCUUUCCCCAAGGGCACUACCUCGUGCCAGAUACCAAUGCGCUUCUAAGCGCCAUGGAUCUCUUUGAGCAGAGUUCGGCCUUUUACGACGUCAUUAUCCUGCAGAUCGUUCUGGAGGAGCUGCGAAACCGCUCGUUACCUCUAUACAACCGCCUUAUUGGCCUGACCAAGAGCGAGGACAAGCGCUUCUAUGUCUUCUUCAACGAGUUCCGCCUCGAGACUCAUGUCGCCCGCCUCGACGGCGAGUCGGUCAACGACCGCAACGACCGCGCCGUGCGCAAGGCUGUCGCAUGGUAUGCUCAGCACCUAGCCCGGACAAAGGCCAGGAAGGUUCCCGCCGUGGUCAUGCUGAGCAACGACCGCGACAACCUGCGCAAGGCAAGGGACGAGGGCCUUCACGCCUGCUCCCUGACCGAGUAUGUCAAGCAGCUCAAGGAUGGCGACCGCCUCCUAGAUCUGAUCCCCGAGACAGAGGAUCGCGACACUGCCAAGGGUAAGCGCCCUGGCGAGCAGAACCUCUAUCCCGAGUACUUCACCAUGUCCAAGAUGAUGACGGGGAUCAAGAGUGGCCUGCUUCACCAGGGCAUCUUCAACGUGUCCCCGUACAACUACCUUGAGGGCUCCAUUCGAGUCCCUGCCUUUCCCAAGGCCUUGCUAGUCCUCGGCAGGGAGAACAUCAACCGUGCUGUUGACGGAGACCUGGUCGUUGUAGAGGUGCUGCCCAAGGACCAGUGGAAAGAACCCUCCUCCCAGGUGAUCGAGGAAGAGGCAGUCACUAAGAACGAAAACCCAGAUGCCGAAGGAAACGAAGACUUUGUGUCUGAGAAGGAGCGCAAAGCCCUCCAAGAGGAUGUGAAGCGCACGCAGAGCAAGACCACCGAAGGUCACGCUCAGCCUACCGCAAAGGUCGUCGGCGUGGUUAAACGUAAUUGGCGCCAGUACGUGGGUCAUAUCGACCAGUCUUCUGUCAGUCAGUCGGGCCAGCAAGGGAGGAAACAGGACAGCGUUUUCGUCAUCCCUAUGGACAAGAAGAUCCCCAAGAUCCGCCUACGCACAAGGCAGGUUGCAGAGCUGCUCGGGAAACGCAUUCUUGUUACCAUUGAUGCCUGGGACCGUGGGUCCCGCCAUCCCUCAGGCCACUUCGUCCGGUCGCUAGGCGAGCUAGAAACCAAGGCCGCCGAGACCGAAGCGCUUCUCCUAGAGUAUGAUGUCCAAUACCGGCCAUUCCCCAAGACCGUCUUGGACUGCCUUCCCAAGGAAGGGCACGACUGGAAAGUGCCAGCGAGCAUAGAAGACGCUGGGUGGAAGGACCGGGAAGAUCUCCGAGACCUCCUCAUCUGCAGUAUCGAUCCCAUCGGCUGCCAGGACAUCGACGACGCACUGCAUUCGCGGCCGCUUCCAAACGGCAACAUUGAGGUCGGCGUCCACAUAGCUGAUGUGUCUCAUUUUGUGAAACCCAACAACGCGAUGGAUAACGAGGCAAGCAUCCGCGGUACGACUGUCUAUCUGGUGGAUAAGCGCAUCGACAUGUUGCCCAUGCUUUUAGGAACCGACCUGUGCUCUCUUAAGCCCUACGUUGAGCGUUAUGCGUUUUCGGUGCUCUGGGAAAUGACUCCGGACGCCGACAUCGUGGGCGCGAGAUUUACAAAGUCGGUCAUCAAGUCUCGCGAGGCAUUCAGUUAUGAGCAAGCACAGCUUAGGGUCGACGACGGAUCGCAACAGGACGACCUCACCGGGAGCAUCCGGAUCCUGCUUGCCCUGUCCAGGAAGCUGAGACAGAAGAGAAUGGACGCUGGCGCCUUGAGUCUUUCGUCGCCCGAGGUCAAGGUGCAGAUGGAGUCGGAAACAUCGGACCCCAUCGACGUCAAGACCAAGGAACACCUCGAUACCAUGUCAUUGGUUGAGGAGUUUAUGCUUCUCGCCAACACCAGCGUUGCCGCCAAGAUAUAUGACGCAUUUCCACAGACGGCCAUCUUGCGGCGGCACGCCGCCCCGCCAAAGACGAACUUUGACGAGCUGUCGAAUCAACUCAAGGUCAAGAAGGGUCUCGAGCUGAGUGUCGAGUCUUCCAAGGCUCUUGCCGACAGCCUCGACGCCUGCGUCGACAACAGCGACCCGUUUUUCAACACGCUGGUUCGGAUCAUGGCGACCCGCUGCAUGAUGUCGGCCGAGUACUUUUGCUCCGGCACGCAAGCCUACCCCGAGUUCCGCCACUAUGGGCUUGCCAGUGAGAUCUAUACCCAUUUCACGUCCCCCAUUCGUCGCUACGCCGAUCUGGUCGCCCAUCGGCAGCUCGCGGCGGCCAUCGACUACGAGGCCGUUCACCCGAGCGUGCGCAGCGGCGGCCGGCUCGAGGCCGUGUGCAAGAACAUCAACGUGCGCCAUCGCAAUGCGCAGCUAGCUGGCCGUGCCAGCAUCGCUUACUAUGUUGGCCAGGCCCUUCGUGGCAAGGCCACUGAGGAGGACGGUUUUGUCAUGAAGAUUUUCAGCAACGGCUUCGUGGUGCUGGUGCCACGCUUCGGCAUCGAGAGCCUCAUCCGCCUCCGGGACUUGGCCGAUACGGAACCCCAAGCCACGUACGACGCCGAGUCGUACACGCUUAAGACGACGGGCAGUAGAGAGGUGACUGUCGAAUUAUUCCAAAAGGUGCGUGUCAGAGUCACAGACCAGAAAGACGAGACAACAGGGAAGAGAGGUGUCAAGAUGGAGCUCGUGUAA